AUGCGCUACCAGAGCAGCGCUGCACAUGUGGAGACAGUCGCCAUGCUGAGAUCGCUCCCGCCGUGUACCGCGUGGCUCCUGCUCGGGGCCUGCGUCUCCCUGCCCCGAGGCGUCCAGGCCGGGUUCGGCCAGCCUGUCAGCUACGUCAGGGACGACCGCUUCAAAGAGAUGGGGCAGGCGACGCUGAAAACCUUCGACAUCGUGGGAGAAGACGCCGUGUUGGGAGUUGAACUAGAGAACACGGUUGGCGAGGACGAGGUUUGGGUUCUUGACUUCCAGCCGUUCGAGACUAACGACACCGGGCGUCCUGUGGUGACCAACGUGACGACAGGGACAGCCAUGCUUCUGGCAGAGCGCACGGGGGAAUGCUCAAGUGUCUUCCGGUCCAGCUCCGCAAACCGUACACAUGCGGGUUUCUAUGAUGAUUCCUGGUUUCCGGAGUUUAUGAACACAACCGGAGACAAGAAAUUUUUCAACAACUACACUCGUGGUGAGGUGGCUGCUGGACAACCCAUACGGCUGGAUAACGUUAUCUUUGCUGGUCCUAUGGCGACGUUUUUCAACUGCAAGAAUCAGGACAACACUUCUAUCUGGGAGAGACACAACUAUACGGAACAGUUUGAGUACAACACCACUCUCUACAUGACAAACGUCAGACCUAAGGUUGGUCCCUACGGUUCGUCCUACGUGCAGAGCCACGCCGUGUUGUACUGGCGCCUGCUGAGGGUCGCGAUAUCGAAGUUCCUCAUCAGCUCUACAAGACAGAUCAGACCGGUGUUCGAGUACGCCAUUGUCAAGGCUCAUUACGACGCCAACGGUGACCCUGACUGGACAAAGGCUCGAAUAGAAAUGGCCUUCAAAACCGUCAUGGACUCGGACAGUUACCUGAUGGCGGCCUACCGAUCUAACUCCCUGGUGUACCAGCCUCUCAAUAACAACAACUCUCUACACGACGUUAUCAACGAACCAUCUUACAACGACUCAUCCCCUGCCCACGACAUGGCGGCUGCAGUCCCGGUCUGUGAUUUUGAUGACGUGGUGGCCCCGGGCCUGUGUGUACAGCGAUGGGUCUUCCACAUCGUUCUCAACGUGUUCGAGUUCGGGAAGGAUGUUAGAAAUGGGGAGCCAAUAGAUGCCACUGGAAACUUUGUCUUCAAAUUCCUGUACCUGCGAUGCCCGAACAUGACUGACAACAUCAUGACCACCUGUUCCAUCCUGACUGUUGCCGACGCGGAGAUUUCAGCACAGAUCACUCUACAAACCGUCGUGGAGGUCACAGAUGACAACAACGACAAUCCAAGAGUGGAGGUGAGAACCGUGUACGGAGUAGACCCAUCACGUGACCUGCAGGGCGGGGUACCCCCCGGGGUGUCUCAUCUGGAGGAGGUUACCAUGGAGACGCACUUCUUCCCAGCAUUCCUGCGCACACGGCUACAGAUGGAGCUGACCCUGUUCCUGGUGUGCGUCGGACAACAAUACUCCACAACUCAGUAUCCAGAUGGCUGUCUGAGGGCUCCCACGUCCGACCGUUACUCGGCGUACGAACACCCAGACUUCCGGUACGAGGGUCAGGAUGAGGCGGGGAAUCCGGUCACGUACACGGCAGACGAUAUCGAGUCGCCCAUUCAGUCCCUGUCCUACAACGGUUAUGUCGCGGAUAGAGAAGUCCAUCAGACCAAGUUCAUCAACAGAGCUCUGUCCGGGGUGUCGGAAACCUACACCUUCACCAGUGUCUUCCGUCUCACCUCGCUGGAGGGCAGGAAGAAACGACGGGUCCAGCGAGACAUCAUGGUCAAGGCCGCUGUUCCUCAGGGGCUGAGCCACGCCUUACUAUUUGCCGGAUGUCCAGAAAACUCGACCUUCGUCAGAGAAAAACUAGACUGUGUCUGCAUCAACCACGGAGAAGUCUACAGCGCUAAAACAUUCCGCUGUGAGAAGGGCCUCCUCACCGAGGUGGAGGUUAAGGAGGACCCGGAAGUUAAGGAAUCAGGCUCCACCCCUCUGGAGAACAUGCUGGGCCUAGCCGGCUACAUCGGGAUUGUUCUAUUGUGUUUAGCAUUGAACAAUUGAGCAUCCAGCCAGUUGGUAAAAAAACAUACAAUUACAACACACAAUUACAUCGAAAUUAUGACAGAUUGAUGUGGAAUAUUGUCGUCAAAACAUGAACAUAGAUUUUGUACAGCUCUGUAGAUAUAGAGAUAUUGUUAUCUAUAAAUGUUAUAAUGUUUUGGUAUGAUCGUAUUUCAAUGUAACGUUAUAUCAUUAAAUUCUAGUUCCACCAUACGAAUUUGUGUUCAGUAUUAAUUAGACCGUUGAAUUGAAUCAGGACGUUAAGUCUGAAUCCUCCAGUUCAACAUCUAUUCUAUGAUUCAAUUUCAAUUCUGAUUCAUUCACUUGAAUUAGUAGAGGAUACUCGCCCCGACGUAAACUACCUAAUUCACGACAGAUAAAAUGGGCAUGACACACUGAUUGGAUAUAGACAUCCUUUUAUUCUGAUCCACUCCAUGCAGCGAAAAAUAGUACAGCCGUGAAUAAAGUAAGGUAGCAUAUUCUUGAAGUGACGAUGCCUAAAACACUCAAAUACUUCAACCUACGUAUACUUGUAAGACA